CAGCCAACAAACGUUGUCGCCGUGGAGCCGUGGUACCACUAAAGAGAGCUGCUCUAGGGCUUUCCUGUACCGUUCUUCCUAGAACCUUGAUAUGCUGACGCGUUUGAAGGGCAUUUAGUCUAGACUGUUUCAUGUCGCUGCUGCGACCACAGGUGGCGAGGCCACUUUGGCGAAAAGUAUCCCUCGAAGCGUGGAACCGAACAGAAUAGUAACCGACAAUGCGGUCGAGUGCCAUGUCAGCUCCGCGCUUCCCCCCGCUCCUCAACCGUCCGCCGCUCCCGCUCAUCGUCGGCGCGCUCUUCGCGCUGCUGCUGCUGGGACUCUACCUCUCCUCUCCGCCUACCCCCUCGCUACCGACAAACAUCCCCGCCCAUGACAGGCUGGCCAACUUCCGCCCAGUCAGCGAGGUGCGGUGGGCCAUCAUAGGGUGUGGCGACGUCACAGAGAAAAAGUCCGGGCCCGCGCUGUCGCUGAUUCCCUACUCUCGCCUCGUCAUGGUCAUGCGGCGAAACGGCAGCCUGGCUCAAGACUACGCUGAAAGACACAAGGUGGCCAGAUGGUCCACGAGUGCGGAGGAGACGAUCAACCAUCCCGAUGUCAAUGCUGUUUACAUCGCUACUCCCCACCGCUACCAUGCACAGUAUGCCAUGAUGGCGGCGCAAGCAGGGAAGCCAGCCUACGUGGAGAAGCCAAUGGGAAUGAGCCACGUGGACAGCUCUGCCAUCCUCUCUGCCUUUCAGCGCGCCAAGCUGCCUCUCUUUGUCGCCUACUACCGCCGCGCCCUGCCCAACUUUCUAAGGAUCAAGGCCUUGCUGCAAUCGGGUGCCAUAGGCGACGUCCUCUCAGUGCAGGUGGUAUACCACCGGCCGCCCAACAAGUAUGACUACCAGUGGGCCAUCAGCGGGGUCCCGUCACAGAGAGAGCUGCAGACGAUGCUGCAAGAACAGCAGCAGCAGCAGCAGCAGCAGCAGGGAGAGGGGAACGGGAAGGGGAAGGAAGACGGGGCGCAGCAGCAGCAUCAGCAGCAGCAUCAGCAGCGGCAGUAUCCCCACCGCCCUCCCCCCCAGCACCACCCAGCAGGGGCGUCUCUCUAUAACGCCUCGCUCAAGUGGCGGGUGGAUCCCCUCGUGGGGGGCCUGGGGGGCUACUUUCGCGACAAGGGCAGCCACCACCUGGACCUCCUGGACUUCUGGUUCGGCCCGAUUGUGGCUGCCUCUGGUUGGUCCACCAAUCUUGCGGGCCUGUACCCAUCCCCUGAUACAAUCACAGCCCAUUUCCGGUUCUUCAACGGAAUCGUCGGCACGGGCAGCUGGAAUUUUGCAGCGGGCAAGUCCAGCCAGCAGGAGUACGGCGAGAUCACGGGCAGCUCGGGCAGAAUUAAGUUCCAGUUCUUCCUGUCGAAUAAGGUUGAGCUGUGGAAUGAUACCGGCCACCAUGAGUGGGAUGACCCAAGCCCAACACAUGUGCAACAGCCAUUGCUGGCUACAGUAGUGUCGGCUUUGAGAGGAGCAGGGGAAUGUCCGAGUGAGGGGGAGAGUGCAAUAAGAACGAGCUUUAUUCUGGAUAAGAUUGUGACUGGGGAAAAAUGGCCGUGAAAAGCGUGUAUGUGACUCAAUUAGGCCUACUGUUGUUGGAGUAGGUUAUGGAUAUAUUGGUUGAUUGGAGUGAGCGAAAAGACUACCUCAGCAACAGCAGAAGAACCGGUGGUGCACCAUUUGGUCCCCUCCAUGUUUGCACCCUGGAAUGCACUCGUGGUCUGCUCUGCUCACACCACCCCCAAUCAGCACUAAGAGCGUGUUCCUGGGACCGAUU